AUGAAGCGAAACCCCCGCAAGCUCAAGUGGACCAAGGCGCACCGCCAGCACGCCGGCAAGGAGAUGACCGUCGACAGCACCCUGCUCUUCGCCGCCCGCCGCAACGUCCCCGUCCGCUACGACCGCGAGCUCAUGGCCAAGACGCUGCAGGCCAUCAAGCGCGUCAACGAGGUCCGGACCCGCCGCGAGCGCGUCUUCUACAAGAAGCGCAUGGCCGGCAAGCGGGAGCGCGAGCUGGCCGCCGCCCGCAAGCUCGUCAGCGAGAACGAGCACCUGCUGCCCCGCCUGCGCGGCAGCGAGAAGCGCAUGCUGGCCGAGCGCGCCCGGGAGGAGGGCCUCGACGCCGAGGAGCUCGAGCAGGAGGUGCUGUCGGACAAGAUCCGGAGCAGGAAGACCAGGGCGUUCGGCGCCGAGUCCAAGAGGAGUGUCCGGGUGCUCAUGGGCGCCGACGGCAGCCUGCAAGAGGAGGUCGUCGAGGAGGCUGGUGUGGGUGGUGGAGACUUCGACGAGGAGGACGACGACGACGUGGAGGACGACGAGAUGGAUAUGGAUUAA